UCCUCAGCGCCGCCGCCAGAUGGGGGUGUGGGAAAUGGCGGUCUGAGGGGAGGGCGCUGCGCUCGCCUGUCACGCUGCCAGGACCCAGCUGCGCCGAACCCGCUGAUGCUUAACAGGACCUGGCAACGUGCUAAGCCAGAGGUGGCGUUUAGCUGCCUAGUUAAUACUUAAUUCACCGAGCACCAGGCUUGCUUAGGCAGCCUUUACCUCCAGUCAGGUACCUCCCCCUGCCCCACAUUGCUGUGAGGAGAUCUGCUGGCAGGGAGCCUCCCCUCACACACAGCACGUCUUGCUUCUAAGCAUCUGUCCGUGCUUCCAUCUCAAUCUGUGUCACUCCUCACUAACGAUUAGUUACACUAACAGUGUGGGGUUUUACAGUCCAACUCCCAGCGCAGUUCAGGGAUUCUUGCCCUGUUUCAGGGCAUUUGUUUGCUCUUCCUGCACAGAUUUGCUGUAUUUGGAUGUCCUGUCUCUUCUGCUUUGCUCACACAAGCCUUUUGCUGUGUGAGUGCCUCAGAAGGCUCACAGAGAGAACACAGGUCCUGCCCUGCUGUGUAGCAGCUGGGUCGGUAUUGCCCCAAAUACAGGUCCCAUGGGUUGGCUUUAACAGCACCUGUGUGGGUUAGCAGAUCUCUUGUGUUGGGUCCAUGGAUCUCUGUGCUGUUGGCAGGCUUUGAUCAUGUCAUUGUUGUGUCACCUUUCUAUAGGGAUGCAACUUUGCCAGCAGCGUAAUCUCAGAAGGUGUUCAGGAGAAAGCUGCUGAAGCCAAUACAGAGAAGCUGAGGGUACAGCAGUGUUUUGGGAGGCUCCUUUCAUGCUCAUCACACAGUGAGACCCAUCACAGCUCUGGGGUUGCUGCCAUUGCCCAGGGAAUGAAGCAUGGCCUGCAGGUCCAGUUCAGUAACCUUUCUUUGCUGUGUGUGUAUUUUUGAGACAGCAUCUGAGCAGUCGGAAAGGCUCGAGGAAGCAGUCCAGGCCAUUGCAAUGACAAGGAGCUCAUAAACCAGGAGGAGGAAUCUCAGUGAGUGCCGCGGCUGCUGCUGGGCAGAGCCAGAGGGAUGGUGGUAGUCACAGGGCAGAGCAAAGGGAGCGGAGACCCGGAUGAGGCCAUGUCGAGCUCGGAUGCAGAGGAUGACUUCCAAGAGCCAGCCACUCCCACGGCCACCCAGGCGGGCCAGGCGCUGCCGCUGCUGCCCCAGCAGUUCCCAGAAGUUGUUCCACUGAAUGUAGGAGGCAUGCAUUUCACUACGAGGCUGUCAACACUGAGGCGUUACGAGGACACGAUGUUGGCGGCGAUGUUCAGCGGAAGGCAUUACAUCCCCACGGACGCCGAAGGCAGAUACUUCAUCGACAGAGAUGGGACUUACUUUGGAGACAUACUUAACUUUCUGAGAUCUGGUGACCUGCCACCGAGAGAGCGAGUGAGGCCGGUUUAUAAGGAAGCUCAGUAUUAUUCCAUAGGACCAUUGCUAGACCAUCUAGAGGAUGUCCAGCCUCUAAAAGGAGAGAAAGUUAGGCAAGCUUUCCUGGGCCUAAUGCCAUACUACAAAGAUCAUUUGGAACGGAUAAUUGAAAUAGCAAAGCUUAGAGCUGUGCAAAGAAAAGCAAGAUUUGCGAAACUGAAAGUCUGUGUCUUCAAAGAGGAGAUGCCCAUCACUCCCUAUGAAUGCCCACAUUUCAAUUCUUUACGUUUUGAAAGAAGUGAAAGUGAGGCAAAGCUGUUCGAACAUCACUGCGAAGUGGAUGUAUCUUUUGGACCUUGGGAGGCUGUGGCUGAUGUGUAUGACCUUCUGCACUGUAUUGUGACAGACCUGUCUGAUAGAGGGAUAACUGUGGAUCAUCAGUGUAUUGGUGUGUGUGAUAAACACCUGAUAAAUCACUAUUACUGCAAGCGUCCUAUCUAUGAGUUCAAGAUCACUUGGUGGUGAGUUAUUUUGUCCAGAAUGGUGCAGGAGAUGAAAGGACUUCUAGAUGACAAUUGCUUUUAAUAUUUUUGCAACGUGUCUCUGGAAAUGCAUUGCUGCUAACAUAUAUUGGAAUCAGCGUGCUGAAAUGUUGGCUAGUGCUUAGCUGUUCAGCAAAGAGGGACCUGUCACAGAGGUUGAAAAACCUCUGCAAUAUUAAAAAACCAACCAAACAGCCUGAAAUGAGACUGUUGGCUCAGGUACCUCAAUGAGGCACAAAACAAAAUCACCUCAUGGAAAUUAUGGAGAGGAGUGUCUAACGUGUAUUUUUUAAUGUGCCACCUACUGUGUGGCUGCAGUCCCAUCGUCUGCAAAGUGGAUGUGACGGAUCUCAGCCUCGGGUGUUAGUAAUGCUGAUAGAACGUGGUUCCAUUUUACCCACUUCAGAUUGUUCCAGUCACUACCACUCAAUGGAUUGAGUAACACCCCGCACAGAGAUCCUGCAAGUGUAAUUUUGGUGUAAUAGACAAUUAAAAAAAAAAAAAAUAGAGGAGUAUUGUUGUGAAGAUUAAGCUAUAUACGUAUUUUUUAAAUUAAGAAUCUGCUUUGUGAAGUAUAAUAUUUAGUUGUUUCCGUUGUUAUAAAAAGGAACAGCAGAUUUGGAGAAUAUUCCUUAUUGCUUUUUGGAACAAUUACCAUUCAUGAAAGACUUGUGCCUGUUUUUAGCCUUAGAAAUUCUAAAUGUUUACAGUAUCUACAAAAAGAAACUAUAGAAUCAGGUCAUUUGCAGAGGCUUUUGGUGAAUGAGUAACUCCAUAUGUAUGUUCCUAUUAGCAGAAGUAUUAAGAAUAUUUAAUGUGUAUUAUUUUAUUACUGAUUCUUUUUACAUUCUGUGCUAUUAAACUCUGUUCUAGAGCUAGUCAAAAGAUGAUACGAGACAAGUGCUUCCUUCUCCUCACCUCUUCAGUUAAAUCUAACUGCCAGCAUUCUUGCUGACAUUUCUUUGUGUAAUAUCAGCACCUUUUUCUCAUCCUUCAUAUUAAAUACUUCUCCAGUUACCCACCCGUGUAUCUGGGCAGUACCUUUAUUUCCACGCUGAAAGAGGCAGCUGUUGCAGAGCUAUGUUCUUUCCAGAAGAUAAUUUUUGCACUUCUGAUGUUAGUAACCAUCUGCUGAAGCUCCAUUUCUGUAUGUCCAGAACUGAAAGACAGAUGGAGCGAUCUGAAGGAGCUGCUGUUGUGAGCUUCAGAAAAUGCAACUGUUGUUCAAAAAGACCCCACCUGAAGCAGCCUCACAGUAAUGCUGAGGAGGGAGGGAAAGUGUAUGUUUGCAUAUUGCAUUCCAUUGCAUUCGUUCAUCCAAGAAUCUGGCUUAAUGAUACUUCUGACCAAAAUACUUUACAGACGUAUUAAUUAUGAUAAUUAAAAAUAUCACUUACCUGGGAUAAUUUUUAGAGUAACGAUAAAAAACUUGAUAUAAAAUUGUCUCAUACAAAUAUUUUGAAAAGGCUGAUUGUUUGCACUGAUUAACGUUCACACUUCUAUGUGUUUCAUUUAGGAGUUUUUAUUAAGUUGUCUCUCCGAGGCGGGGACAUAAAGUUCUUAGGAGCUCUUUCCAAGUGCUUAUUUGGAGUGCAUUGCUGAGUUUCAGAUCCAGAGCUGAAAUAGUAAAACACAGUGAUGUUGGGGGGAGGGGGGCGAAUGUCACUUUGCUGUAUUUGAAUCUUCAGUUCUUCAAUUCAAUCUUUCUUUGGAUUUAAUUGCUCCUUAAAUACUGGCCACUGUGUUACAAGUCCCUGUGCCUCUAUUUGGCAAGCUACAAUUACAAGUCAAACAAACUUUCCCUAAACUGAGAGGAAGCUUGCAUGAUAUCUUCUCUACUCUGCUGGCUUCUCUCCCCCCAGGAAUCUCAAAUUGCAAACCACGGUUUGUAAUAAAAUGAUGUAAAACCUUAAGGCUGAGGCUUAUGAAGUGUUGGCUGCCUGUAUACUUCUGAGGUUAUUCAGGGGCUGCAGUGAGAAUCCCAGUUGUACUUCAAUAUUCUCUUGUUAUUUUUCUGCCACUUCCCAUAUCACACAGGACGUAUCUGGUUUGAAUUUCAGCACCACUGACUGAAAUGAAGCAGUCUGUUUUGACGGUGAUUUCUUUAUUUUUGGCUUCAAGUGUUGUUUAGCUGUUCUCCUGGAGAAACUGUGACAAAAUUCCUGUUUGAACCAUGUUUGUUAUUUCUUAAUGUGCACAUGUUGCUAUUUUGUAAACUUUUUCCUGUUAAUUGUUUAAUUAAAUAAGUGAGCAAGUAAGGAGACUGCCUAACCCAAAAGGUGAAAGUGAAAAUCUGGGUCUGUAUCAAUUGCAUCUUAACUGAGACUUCCAUCCUUCUUUCAUAUCUUCCAGAGGACGGGAAUAGUUAAGUGCAAUAUUGAAGGAGGAAACAGAUUUGAGCCAACGUGCUUUCAUUUAACUCACACACGGUGUGUGGUGAUGUGUACAAGUUAGCCAUACUGUUACUAACUGCGCUUGUUCUAAGCUGUCUUUGUUUACGGUGGGUUGAUUACAUUGCCUAACAUGCAUUUGUUUUUUGACAGAAACAGAAGAGUAGUGCAGGCGGGUGUCAGGGAGUGUAAUCCAAUGGCUGGUUCAUGUGACAUUACUGACUUUUCCUGGCAUAUAGCAUACAUUUUGAAAUUCUUUUGCAACAAAGAUGUGAGUAGCUGAUCUACUAAAUCAGUGUUUUAAGAUCAUUGGUUUUUUUAUAUCAUGAACAUGAUAUUAUUGUCUAAUUAAACUAAAUACCAAUGUAA